UAAAGUUGGUUUUAUGUUUUUAUAUUCACUUCAAUGACGUUAUAUUUAAAAAUAAGUAUAAAUUUGUACGUAACAAUUGCUGUGUCAGAAUUUGCAUCCCAGGUACCAAUUUUAACGACUUCCUCUUCCGUUUCAGUAAUCUCUAGAAAUGGCUAAACGUACAAAAAAGGUCGGAAUUUGCGGUAAAUAUGGUACCCGGUAUGGUGCCUCGUUGCGUAAGACGGUUAAGAAGAUGGAAGUAUCUCAGCAUGCCAAAUAUACCUGCAAAUUUUGUGGCAAGGAUGCUGUGAAAAGGAAAGCUGUUGGUAUCUGGAGUUGUAAAUCUUGUAGAAAAAUUGUAGCUGGAGGUGCAUGGUCUUAUAGUACAACAGCUGCAGUUACAGUUCGUAGUGCCAUAAGACGUUUGCGGGACAUGAAGGAAUCCUAAACUUAAUGGUUUUCCUGUUCAAUAAAUAUUUUAAAAAUUA